AUGAUCCUCACGCAGUGUGCCGUCUGCGCCACCGAGCUUGGCUUAUCAUUGGGCAAGAAAUGCGGCCGCUGCAGCACGCGCUACUGCGGGGCAGCCUGCCAGGUGCAGCACUGGAAAGAAGGCGGGCACGACCAGCUCUGUAGGAAAAUAAAAAAAGCAGGCGGCGCCGAGCAGUACAAUGCGAAUCAGAAGUACACGAACGCUGUGGCGGCCGCGGCGGAGGCGUGCGCCGAGGACACGAAGGGGCAGACGUGCUACAUCUGCACGCAGGCUUUGCAUUGGAAAACGAAGGAAGGUCUCGUGCGGAUGUGUGCGUGCCGCGGGACGGCGGGCUUCGCGCACGUGUCGUGCCUGGCGGAGCAGGCGAAGAUUUUGGUCGCAGAGGCCGUGGAGAACAAUUUGGGGGCCAAGACGAAGAAUGCGAGGUGGCAUCGGUGGUACACGUGUAGCCUGUGCGAGCAACACUACCAUGGCGUCGUGUAUUGCGCGCUCGGGUGGGCUUGCUGGAAGACGUAUGUGGGGCGGCCGGAGACGGACAGUUUUCGGCAAUGUGCGAUGAGCGUGCUUGGAAGCGGUCUAUCCGAUGCAGACCACCUCGAGGACGCGUUGUCCGUGAGAGAGGCCGAGUUGGCUAUGCGGCGGCGCCUCGGCGAUAGGGAAAGCAACAUACUCGCCGUGCAGAGCAAUCUUGCGGCCACGUAUCGAUCGCUUGGACGGUUUGAAGAGGCCUUGCAAAUGAAACGGGACGGAUACACUGGACAUUUGAACCUCUAUGGCACGGAACAUAGAGAAACUCUCAUAGAAGCCAACAACUAUGCGGCGUCCCUUCUUGAUCUACAGCGCUUCGCAGAAGCCAAAACGCUGUUGCGCAAAACGAUGCCCGUGUCGCGACGCGUUCUCGGCGAGAGUGAUGAUACCACGCUCCAUAUGAGGUUAACCUACGCGAUGGCGCUCUACAAGGACUCCACGGCCACGCUCGACGAUCUCAACGAGGCCGUGAAUACACUCGAGGAGAUUGAACGCAUCGCGCGGCGUGUGUUCGGUGGCGCCCACCCAGACGUAGCGAAUAUUGAGAAAGUCCUUCAAGACGCGCGAGCCGUGCUCCGCGCCCGCGAAACGGGGCUCGCCGAAGCACUGGCCGACAUGAGGGUCUAG